GUCUUUCAAGUCCGACUCGCGAUGGCUCGCCAAGUUUUGCCAACGCGGUACCAAUAUUGCAGCGCUGCAGUGGUUGGUGGGCGACACUUUGUGACGAGAGCACUCUGUCUCACUGUAAACCCCUUUCUGCUCUCUGUUCGUUCGGCCACUUCACAGUCUCACUGUAAACCCUUUCUGUUCGUUCGGCAAGUUCAGCGCACAAGAUAAAACAGAGGAAAUGGCGCUAAAGCAGGCAGAAUUAAAUCCUGGGGAAUCCAAUCUCCUUCUUCAGAACUGAAACGUAGUUUUACAGUGAGUAACUCAUUCAAUGAGGGCCGUCAACUUCCCAUCUUUUGUUUCUUCUACAUUUCUUCGUUGCCCUCGUUUGCAUGGACUGGAAAGGAUUUCGGUGUCCUCCCUUCUCUGCCAUAUCCGACAGAAUGAGAGAAGUCAUCUGGUGGAUUCCAUGGAGAUGCAUACCAGUAACCUUUCUUCUUGCUAUCUUUGUUUCAGUUGAAUUUUCUGAGUAUGGAUGUGAUGAACCUCAUGAUGAUGACAAAGCAAUGGAGAAGGAUGCUGCAUUACGUUCAGCUCUCUUUCGGCUUGCUGGCGAUUUUGAUAAAGAAUCUAUGUUGUCAAUGCAGCGCUUUUUUGGUUCACGAUAUGCACCAACCAUAUCUACAGGUUCUUUAAAGCUUGAUUUGGCUCUUGGGAUUGGAGGAUUGCCAAAGGGAAGAAUUGUUGAAAUUUAUGGACAAGAAGCGUCUGGGAAAACAACCCUUGCUCUUCAUAUUAUCAAAGAAGCUCAAAAGCGAGGAGGACAUUGUGCUUAUCUUGAUGUGGAAAAUGCAAUGGACCCAUCAUUGGCAGAAUCUAUAGGUGUAAACAUGGAUAGUUUUCUUAUUGCACGUCCAAUCUCUGCUGAGAARUCGUUAAGUGUAGUUAAUACAUUGGUCAAAAGUGGAUCUCUGGAUGUUAUUGUGGUGGAUAGUGUAGCAGCUCUUGUUCCCCAAUGUGAACUUGACUCUUCAAUAGAUGUUAGCUUUCCAGACAUACAAUCACGACUAAUGACUCUAGCACUACGCAAAAUUCAUUCUUCAUUGUGCCAGUCCCAAACUCUUCUAGUUUUCACUAACCAGGUUAGAUCUAAUUUAAAACCAUGUCAUGGUUUUGUGCAUGCAAAUGAGGUAACUUGUGGUGGAAAUGCCUUAAAAUUCUAUGCAGCAGUACGAAUGAGAAUCACAAGAAGAGGACUGCUCAAGAUGGAGAACGAGAUCACCGGCCUUGGUGUUUCUGUGCAAGUGGUGAAAAAUAAACUGGCACCUGCGAUGAAGAGGGCUGAGCUGGAGAUCAGAUUUGGGAGUGGAAUUUGCUGUGAAUCAGAGGUCUUGGAGAUUGCUUGUCAGCAUGGACUCAUAUUGAAGGAAGAAAAUGGAUAUCGAAUAGAAGGGAAGGUUUUCAACGAUAAGCAGGAAGCUGAACGAUAUCUGGCUGAAAACGUUGGUGUUCUAGAUAAGAUUGUCACRAUCUUAAGAAAGCAGUUGUUUAAGAAUGAAGCAUAAUCAUGAUGGACCCCAGUUAGAACAUCAUCGAGGAGAGAGUAUCAGAUCUAACAUAAAAAGAUGGAGCUGUAUUUGUCCAGUUGUAAUUGGUUUUCGCUCCAUGGCCGCCACCCAUCCAGUUUUUAUGGCAAUGUAAGCUUCAAAACAUUCACAUUUAUAUUUUUCUGUGCAUUAUUCCAAUUGUGGACUCCGAUUAUCUAUAAGACUGUUGGUGAUGAGUUGUGCUAGGCGAAUGUACAUCUUGAGCUAAGUGAAGAAUAUAGGGCUGACAGCAUCUUAUUUCUCUCCUUGGACUCUUUAGUCGCGUUAUUGUUGUAAGUUAUCUGACACAUUUGUUUCUGACUUGAAAUAUUGUACACUACAUACUGUUUCUUUU